UGAGUUUAAAUAAAACCUUUUGAAAUUUAAAGCCAGAAAUAAAACAUUUGACCAGGAUCAAUAAAUGUAAAUAUUUCUAGAAUAACGGAACCAACCGGACUUUGUCCGGUUCUGGUUCUGGUCUUUAGGUCACAAGAACCAGAACCAAAAGUCCGCUUGUCUCUUUAACCAGCCGCUUGUGUUCCAGAAAUAACUCCUUCGGGAGGAAGAGGAGGUGCGGACCUCCUGAAUCUGCUGCUGUUGUUAGAAAGUUCAGAGGAAGAGUGAAACCCGAGCUGCUCCUCCUCCUCCUGCUGGACUAACUGGAACCAGAUGGUGAAGCUCCAGCUUGUUUUCCCCAGACUGCGGCGGCUCCAGCCCGGACCCAGCGAGCGGAGACCCGGACCUCCUGGAUGAAGCUGCUGCUCUUCCUCGCCAGGUGGAGGUGAGGAAGUGAAGCCGCUCCUCAUGCUUCGCCUCCUCUUCCUCAGGAUGCUGCUGCGGCGGCGCGCGUGCGCGGCCCCGCUGGUUCUGCUGCUCGCGCUGCUUUACCUCUGCUACCAGACCCUGAAGGUGGACCGGAACCGGAACCAGAACCGGAGCGAGUCGGAGGAGAUGGAGACUAGGAGACUGAUCUCGGCUCUGGACGCCCUGCAGGAGGAGACGCAGGCCCGGUCAUCUCAGCGCCGGCGCCAGGCCGUGGUUCUGAUGGGUCGCCACGGCCCGUCGGACCCUGAGGUCGUGCUGCACCAGCAGGUUCUGCAGCAGAUGGGAUAUCAGGUCCAUUUGACCCGAUUCGCUGAGACCAGCAGCUUCCUGAGGACGCAGAGCGGUGUGGGUGGGUGGAGCCUCCUGCUGUGUCUCAGUUCUUCAGAACCGAGCUGCUUGAGGAGGAUCAGAUACUCACACCUGCAGCAUCAGAUGGUGAACCUGCUACCUGAGCUGAUGGAGGCGUUUUCAGAUGCAGGUGAAGGUCGCUGUCGCUUCUACCUGCAGCUGACAGAAGCUGAUCAUCCCAUGAGGCCUGUGUCCUGUGGGUCGUCCAAUCAGAAGCCUCUCUUUCCUCAGUACAGACCCGGCCACGCCCCCUCUCCUGGUCUGGUUGCCAUGGUGAAUGUCUUUGUCCUGGUGACCUCUGUGACCCCUCUGACAUCCUUCCUGCAUGACGUCAUCGUGGUGAAGACCAGCGAGAACGACCCGGGCCAGCAGACCCAGAUCAGAACCUUCCUGCUGCAGCGGUUCGGCCCGGCCUCGGCCCGGCUGGCCCGGGUCCAGGUCCAAAGGGUGGUGGUGGCGGUGCUGCGGGCGGCGUCGACCAAUCAGGAGCCGGCAGCGGGCGGCAGCUGCCUGCUGUGCUUCCAGCUGCUCACCUUCACUCUGAUGUUCAGCGGCACCGCCUCUCCAGCUGUGGUCCAGGUGGACCCGGGACUCAGCGUCCCGUCUCAGGGUGAGGACGCCUUCAGAGGACAGAUCACCAGAGACCGGGUCCUGGAGGACAGCCUGCGCCUGCUGCUGCCGCCGCCAGCACACCUGCAGACCAACCUGUCCUUAGGAACCCUCAGGCAGCAGUACGGUGGCUGCAGAGGGACACACAGCAGCUGUAUGAACCACGACCACUUCCUGUUCCUGCUGCGCUUCCACCUGCAGCUGCAGACGCCGUCACCCUUCCACCUGCUUCAUCCCUCCUCUUCCUCCUUGUCUUCCUCAUCUUCGUCGGCCCCCCCCAGCCUGCUCCUCCUCCUCCUCAGGAUCAGUCGGCACCACCACCUGCAGAGCAGCAGAGAGGCCAACCCACCGACCAAUCAGCAGCCGGUGUCCGGGUCACCUGGAGGGUCGUGUUCGGACCCCCGCCUGAGGCAGAUCUACUCGGAGCCGCCCCUCAGCCUGACUCCGCCCUUUAGCCCCGCCCUGAAGGAGUACCGGGCCGAGGUUCCCUUUGACACGGUGAUGGUUCGGAUCCGACCGGAACCGAUCAGCGCCGCCUGCGUCGUCCGACUGGACGACCACCGAGGACCCAGGACGGCCAACUUCCCGGUCGGCAUGGGAACCAGCCAGAUCAGCGUCCUGGUGAUGGACGGGGCGGAGCCUCGUCCCGUCGUCAUGACGAUCUACACCGUCCACAUUUACCGCGAGAGUCGGCCCAGCCUGCCGGCGUUCGGAGACCAUGUGACCUGCAGCUUCCUGCAGGACUGCGGCAUGCGGGUCCAACCGGGUCGGUCCUGUGGUCUCCAGCCUCACCUCCCGCCCCAGAGUCCCGUCCGGCCCUGCGGCUCCGGACACGUCCCAGGUCGCUGGGUCGUCCCCUGCCUCAGCUGCUCCGACAACAGGACCUGUGAUUGGAGGGAGGUCGUCUGGCAGCCAGACGGCUGCUACCACCCGCCGGUGCGGCGCCCCCUGCUACAGGACUGCAUGGCGGACAGGAAGGUCAUGUUCAUCGGGGACUCCACCAACCGCGGGAUGAUGUUCUUCCUGAUGGAGCGGGUCAACGGCAGCCUGCAGGCCUGGGGCAGAGCUCACCACACGCUGCUGUACCGCAACCUGAACCGGCGCCGCACGCAGGUCAGCUACUCCUACUACCCCCGCUUCUGGCUGGAGGGCAGCCAGAGGCCCACCUUCAGGCAGGCCCUGCUGCAGCUCAUCAACAGGUCUCGGCCGCUGGAGAACUCCGAGCAGACGGUGCUGGUGGUGGGCGGAGUCCAGUGGCUCAACAGCGACCACCUGAGGACGGUGCAGGACGUGUUGGACAGGGAGUCUCUGAGCCAAGUCCUGGUGGUGGUGAAGUCUCUGGGGAUGGGCUUCCAUCUCCCUGUAGACGGCAUCCGCUCUCUGAGCCUGACGGAGAUACGAGGUCUGUUCAGAGACAACGCCGAGCUGAUCUCCACGGCCAGGCGGCUGCGCUUCGAGGCCGUGGACACCUUCAGCGUCACCGUGGGUCGAUACAAAGAGUUCCUGCAGGGCCGCUGCGCCUGCCACUUCCAUGAGGUGGAGAAGCUCCGAUCCUCCGACCCAGUAGACGGCGAGGCGUCCACCAGGAAAAAGCCCGGAACCAGAACCGGCAGGCAUUCCGUGCUGGAUGUGGAACAGGAAGUCGGGUCGAAGGCUCCGACCUUUCGGGUUCGCGGAGCGGUCAACCAGGUGUACUCCGAGAUCCUGCUGAGCCGCCUAUGUCCCGGGAGCAGGUGAGACUCGCCUGUCUCCUCCGGGUCAGCACCGCCGGGUUCUGCCGGGUCGGCGUUCGCUUCAUUGAUGUUCCGGGAUGAACAUGGAAGUCCAACUGACUGGGAAGGGAACCGUAUCCGGAAAAACUUCUGGUUUGACGAGGAGGAUGCAGAAAAAUCCCCAAAUAAUCUGAGAAACUCAAAAUAUUCCCAGAAACUUAAUUUGGUAAAAAUUCCCCUGAUGGGAAGUUUCACAUUCCCUACAAGAUUCCCACAUCCAAUAGAAACUUUUCCCAGAUUUUCCAUCCAGACUUUUCCAGGUUUUCCAGGCAUUGAGCAGGCAGCUGCCAGAUUUAACCUGGAGGAACAUCGGACCGAUCUGGGUCGCUGCAGAACCAAAUCCAGUAAAGGAAUUCUGGUGGAGUCAGAUUUUCCAUCUGCUGGGAAUGAAUCUUUAACUCCGACCCGGAACCCGACCCAGAGUUCCAGAACCGCUGUCAUAUCAUUAAAGGUUCCAUCAAACCCGACCGGAUGCUCAUCAGAACUCUCAGCCGGGUUCUCCUGGUUCCUGGUUCCGUCCAGCAUGGACUUAGAACUCAGUGAUUUGGACCGGCCCGGUUCUGAAGGUCUCCAGCUUCCAGAACCAGCAGCUGCUCCAGGUCCAAAUAACUGAGCGACCAGCGGACAUGUGACACGUCUGGUUCUGGUCGGAUUGGACCUUUUGGUUCCGUUUUAUUUUCCUACAGAUGAUUCUGCUGCUGUGCGGUUCUGUUCGGCCCACCUGCGGUUCCGGUUCUGUUCAUGGAUCUGAGCUUCCUCUGAUGCUAAUAAAGUUUUUAUUCUCU